AUGACACAAAGGUGUGCUCUGGAAUGUAAACGAAGAGGACGAGGUGUGCGAGCUGGCGCACGGACGCGGCCCGCCUCAACGUCACUUGCGGCUGCAAGGGCCAGCACCGCCGAACCACCUCCUCCGCCCGUCCCACCCGCCUGUCGCUCCCCCGUUCUCCGCACUCUCUUCUUAUACCUUUCUUGCACAUUCCUCUUCUCGCCAACAUGUGGGACGACGAGGACAACAAUCCGUACGGCUCCUUUGCCCGCCAUGAUUCCAAUUCCUCCCAUGUGCCUGGCCUCACCUCUCCCGGUGCCCUGCCGUACCGCCCUGCCACGCCGCCUUCAGACUCAUCUUCGCCCCCGCAGGAAUCACCAGAGUACAUCUCGCAGCGGGACAUGAGCGAUGUCGACUACAACGAGGAAUCCCCAGGCACGGAGCCCAUCACCCCCAAGAAAGGCGGCUACGACAGUCGAGUGGAGCAAUGGCUGUACGAGAACCCCGACUCGUCCAUACUCAUCACAUAUGCGGGGAAGAACCUGGAGGGCGGUGGAAGCUUCAUAGCCUACACUAUCAACACCGGCGGCCUUGAAGUGCGGCGGAGGUACUCCGAGUUUGCUUCGUUGCGCCAGACGCUGGUCAACCUGCACCCCACCCUCGUUAUACCUCCGAUUCCCGAGAAGCACACAAUGGCCGACUACGCCGCGAAGCCGACCAAGGCGAAAGAGGACGCUGGAAUUAUCGAAUUGCGGAAGCGCAUGUUGGCUGUCUUCCUAAACAGAUGUAGGCGGAUGAUGGAGGUGCUCGACGACGGUGUGUUCUGGAGGUUCCUCGACCCCCACACGAGCUGGAGCGAGGUUCUGCACGCUCCGCCAGCCUCCAACAUCCCCAAGCAAGUCCUCAAGGCGCCCCCGCUUGAUACCGCGAACCCGACCCAAGCGCACAGCUACCUUCCCGUUCCCUCAGCCUCUGCCAAACUAAAGACAGGCUAUGCGACCUCGCUCUCCGGCACUCCCACUUCACCACCCACCUACGCUGCCACGCCUUCCACAGCCGCGCAUACAACACCCGGUCCCCAAAUCUUCGGUCGCUUCCCGCCAGAAACUAAGAAUCUGUCCGAGGAGGAGCUCGAUCCAUACUUCGUGAACUUUGAAGCAUCUUCCAAAGAAUUGGAGGCAUUACUGCAAGGUAGCAUGGAAAAGGUCAAUCGGCGCACAUUAUCGCAUCUGACAGCCUGGGGAGACGACAUGGCCGAGCUGGGUGCCCGCUUCAACGCUUUCUCACUGUCCGAGCAGUCUCAGUCCCUAGCCGCUGCCAUCGAGAAGGUUGGGCAGGCAGUCGAUUCCACUUACAUCGCAACGGCCGAGCUAUCCUCAUCGCUGAGCGCGAGCUUCGCAGAACCCAUGCGGGAGAGCGCGCAAUUCGCAGGAGUCGUACGCAGUGUGCUCCGAUACCGGGUGCUGAAGCGCAUACAAGAGGAGAUGACCAAAGAUGACCUUGAUAAGAAGAGGGCGCUCUUGGAAUCGCUGGAGCGCAGCGAGGCAGAGGCGAAGCGUCUCGAACAGCAUCUCAGCGGCACAGGCCUCUCAAGCCCACAACGCACCCGAUCAACUUCAAACAGCUCACAACGCAGUAGCAGCGGCCAGGAGAGGCGGCCCUCCGAAGAUACAGCGUCCAUCGACUCCGACUUCCCACCCACACAUGGCGAACAGCCGCCUCCAUCGUCGUCGCAGGGUACGCCAGAGACGAAUUCACCGACUAGCCCUCAUAAGAAGAGCGCGAGUGGGAACUUUGUCACGAGCAAGCUGUUUGGGCCGAUAACGCAUGCGUUUAGGGGCAUGGCGGACGUGGAUCCGGAGAGGACGAGGAGGGAUCAGAUUGGCAAGACGAGGGAGAGUCUGCAGCAGCUCGAACAAGCGUUACAAGUCGCUGAAAAAGAUACCAAAGACGCCAGUAGUGGCGUAAUGAAGGACCUACGACGAUUCCAGUCUGAGAAGGAGAACGACUUGAGACGAUACAUGAUGGAGUUCGCACAGUGCCACAUUGACUGGGCACGCCGGAAUCAAGCUUCAUGGGAGGAGGCAAAAGCGGAGGUCAGUAACAUCCAGGCACACGUUGAAGAGUAAGCGAUGGUCAUUCGGAUAGUGUGAUUUCAAACGCGAUGUAAUGAUUGCUACCGACCUUCGGCUGGAGGCUCAAGGCUUAGGUUGGACGACUGCAUUGUAUGAGAUAAGACGCGUAAUGCUGUAUCAAUGAAAGAGAACACUACCAGCGAAUGUUGAGAUU